AUGGCGCUUACUGCGGCUGAGAGGCAAAGGAGAAGACGUGAAAAAUUGAAACAACAAGGAAAGUAUGAGGAAUACAAAAGUCAUCAUCGUGAAAUCGCCCAGAAAAGCCGUGAUAAAAAGAAAGAUCUGUUGGAGAAUUUAUCUCAACAAAGGAGAGAAAUCUUUCAAAGAGAGCAGAGAGAAGCUACCAGGAAACGUGUGGCCAAAUGCAGGGCAUUAAAAAAAGAAAAGGAAAAAGAAAGUGUUGUGAUGCCACCAAUCGUAAGUGCAGUCGCUUUCUUUAGAGCAACAGCUAGAGCUAAAAGAGCACUCAAGAAUGCCCUACCGAAGUCCCCAAGAAGACGAAAAGCAGUCCACCGAAAACUAUAUGAAAGUGAAUUAGAUGGCAGUAGUAUAUCAUCCUCAACCGACUCACCAAAAAGAUCCAAUGCUUUGAGCGAUGAACUAGUUGAACUAGUAAAAACUUUCUACCAAAGAGAUGACAUUAGCCGACAGGCACCUGGUAGAAAAGAUGUAAUUAAUGUCCAAGACAAGAAUGGGCAAAAGGUUUCUUAUCAAACUCGUCAUCUCACCUCCUCGGUCAUGGAGACUUAUGCUCUUUUCUGCAAAGAGUAUCCCAACAAAAUUGGAAAAAGUAAAUUUGCCGAACUUAGACCAAAACAUGUUUUACUGAGUAGCAAACUACCCCACAAUGUAUGCUUGUGUAAAUACCAUGAGAACUUUAUAAAUGCUGUAAAUAUAUUACAUCAAGUCUCACCAAGUGUACCACUUUACACAAACGAGUUCCCACAAUCAUGCCUCUGCAACCCUGUGAAGAGAGAGUGCUGGAUGAACCAAUGUGAACAGUGCAAAGAUGGUAAGGGUUUUCGUAAUUCUUAUCCACUAGAAGAAAAUGGUGACGUCAAGUGGUAUGUCUGGAAGACAGACAGUAGUAAUAAACUUGUGAAAAAUGUAGAGGAGGGCACCACCGAGGAGCUGUAUACCCAUAUAUGCUCAAUUAUCCCCCAGUUCAUGGCACACUGCUUCACAAAAAGAAUGCAGGCAGAAGCCUAUAACAAAGAGCGAAAGGAUGCAGAAGCAGAUUCAGAAUCGCUUUCGAAUGCUGCUUUUCUUCAAGUGGACUUCUCUGAGAAUUACACUUGUGUUUCCCAAGAUGAAAUUCAGAGUGCCCAUUGGAAGCAAAGUCAAGUUAGUUUGUUUACUGCUGCGUUAUGGUAUUCUGGUAUCCUACACCCCAUUGUCAUAGCAUCGGACAAUCUGAAUCACUCCAAGGAUACAAUAGUGGCGUACAUUGAUUAUCUGCUAUCUAUUCUACCAUCCAACACCCAAAACAUUUCCAUCUGGUCCGAUGGCCCAUCGUCCCAGUUCAAGAACCGGUUUAUAGUAGCUGCACUAAAGUCCCUCCAAGAUAAGCACAAGAUCCAGAUUACAUGGAACUAUUUUGCAACUUCACAUGGGAAGGGACCAGUCGAUGGCAUUGGUGGGGCAGUCAAGCGUCAGGUGUGGAUGACUGUGAAGACGAGAAAACACAUUGUCUGUGAUGCUAAGAGCUUUGUCGUUGCAGCCGAAGAUUCCUCCAAUGUGAAGGUUGUUGAGAUGGCUACAUCAGAGAUCGAGGAAAGAAACACAUCUCUGAAUACUAAAGAAGUGUUUGAAGAUGCAAGCCCAAUCCCAGGCAUUGCUGCAAUCCAUUCGAUCAAGAUUGACAACGCGGGGAAGAUUGUUGGGCGUGUCUUG